AUGCCGCCUACAUCGCAAGCAGAGUACAACUCGACCCAGAUACCUCCAUGCACAUCCGCAGUCACAGUAGCGGCCUCCCCUCUGCUCGAACUGCCUAUGGCGCUACGUAAGCGCAUCAUCUCUCUGGUGGUGGUCAAAAAUUUCUACGGAAACCCCAUCAUCUUCAACCGAGAGACAGGCCCCUACUUCCCCGAAUCAAAGGACGAGCACCUACAACCGUCGCUGUCUCGAGUCUGUCGCCAGCUCCGCGACGAGGUCCUCCCGAUCUACUACGGCGAGAAUCUCUUCGGCGUACACAUCCACAGGAAUUCCCACGUCGUCGAGCAGGACCGUCCCGCUUUCCUUCGCUGGCUUGACACGGUCGGAGAGAAGUACGUGGAUCGUUUCGUUCAUUUUAGGUUCGACGUCCAGGUCUGCGGCGCGGCUGUUCAGCUCCAUCUGCUGAACGGGCCGCGGGGAUAUCACGUUCGGAGGAUCGCGGCGAAGACGGAGGAUCGGAAGGCGAAGGUGAAGAAGAGGGUCGAGGCUCUUCUGGAACCGGUGAAUGAGCGGAGGGUUGGGGGUGGUAUCUGCGUGGAGGAUAUUAGGGGGGUUGAGGAGAAGCUCCAGAAGAUGUCGAAGUCUCGGAGUUGA